CCCGUCGCUCCUGGGCACCAAGUCCAGCUCCUGUGGUUUGCCCUCCACUCCACGGCGUCGGAGCUCGCCGGGCCUUCGGAUUUCUUCGGUCCUCGGGUCCUCCCCUCUCCCUCGUAGAGUCACAGCUCUGUGGCUCUAUCCACGUGGACUGUUUAUUGCCCACGCCGUCACGCGACACGCUGCUCCUGCAAGGCUGCAGAAGCGAGGGAUUUUGAUAUUUGGAUGAUGCUUUCAAGAUUUGACAUCGUAUCACAAUAACAUAUGAGAUCAUCUGAGUCAUUGACAUGUGGGUUAGAAUGUCAAAUCUUGAAAGGCUCAGGAACUAAAUGUCAAUUUUAAAAUUUUCUUUAGAACCAGACUUUUGUAAAGAAAAAUAUCAUGGUUUGAUUGUCAUCUUAAAAUGAUAUAUAGUGACUUGAUUCUAUGGAUUUUUUUUUAAAAAAAUAUGAAGAUCUACCUAUUAGCAAAAUCUACAUUCACACUCUAUUACCGAGAUGUACUUUUACGCACAAAAUUUUAAUAUGGGAUAUAAUAUCUAUAAACAAGUCUAUGAAAAUAAAUAUAAUCAAGUAUAUUUUUUUACUGAUGUAUAGAUCCUUACUAACAUACGUCACUCAUGUAGAAUUUUAAUUCCCAACAAACUUAUAAGUACGUGAGGAUAGUACGGGAGGUCUAUAACUUUGAAUUCUUUCUUUCUUUCUUAUUCUUAUACGAUUUAAAGUUUGUUUAUUUGAUUAUUUUCCUUCGCUUUGGUGACAAUUCAACAAGCUUCAUGUUGAUUUGUGUUUCUUAUACUAGCCAUUGAUCUAACGGUUCUGCAAGAUAUGCAGGGUGCCGUUGGGGAGAGAUGGGUAAAAAUAACAAUAUAUGUAGGUAAUACGAUCUUUGAUAUUAUGUUCAUGGUGUAUGAUGUGUAUGAGAAAGAUAGUUGGAGAUGAUAAAUAAAUUAAUAUGAUCAGAGUGUCAAAAUUUGUUAUAGUAUAUAUCAAUUCAGUAGACACCGGAUUUUCAUACGCACUCCAGGUAAACAAAUGAACCAUAGAGGAGCAGAGUAGCGGAGAUUGACACGGAGGGUUUUGGUUUGCAAGGGGGGAAAAAAAGGCAGACCGACAAGUUACCGUCUCUUGACAACGGUAAAAACAGAGAAAUGAAAGGGGGAAACUAGGAAAAGGACCGUCCCCUUCAUUGCCACGCUCCUCGGCCGCUGAACCAAACCCUCCUCUGCCACAGGCCGCCGCCGCGGCCGACUUCGUCGCUGAGGGGCUAACUGGAGCCUGUACCCCGCACGGGCUCGCUACGCUGCGAAGCCCACCUGCGGACGCUUGACGUCCCCUCUCCUCCCCUCUCGCGCUCCGGCGGGAGCUAGGGUUUUAGGCUCUGUGCCUGCUUUGGCUCGCGCAGGCGUGGCUAACGGCGACUCCAAGUCGGCCCAUCCGGGAUUAAUCGAUUCGCGGCGAUGGGCCGACCGGAGCCGGUCGUGCUGUUCGCGCAGACGAUCCUCCACUCCCAGCUAGAUGAGUACGUCGACGAGGUGCUGUUUUCUGAACCAGUUGUGAUCACUGCAUGCGAGUUUCUUGAGCAAAAUGCAGCUCCUUCUACACCAAACAUUUCCCUUGUCGGUGCUACAUCGCCACCUUCAUUUGCUUUGGAAGUGUAUGUUCACUGCGAUGGGGAGUCUCGGUUUAGGCGCCUUUGCCAGCCUUUCUUAUAUUCACAUUCUUCAUCCAAUGUGCUAGAAGUUGAGGCUAUUGUGACAAACCAUUUAGUACUGCGUGGAACUUAUCGCAGCCUCACUCUUGUAAUAUGCGGUAAUACUGCUGAAGAUCUUGGUCAAUUCAACAUAGAACUGGGUCUGGACCAUUCUCUUGCAAACAUUGUUAGCUCUCCAUCAGAGGGAAAGCUUGAGGACCUCCCACCCGCACUAUAUUCAUCCAAAUUGUCAUUUGAAGAAUCAUUAUCUUCAUUGAAACCAUUGAGUUUUCAAGCCACCGAUGUUGACCUAUCAAUUGAAGCGAAGAAUGUUUUACAUUUGACUCUUAAAAUGUACCAAAUGUCUGCUGUGGAAAAUCUUAUUCCUAACCUAAGAAGUGCAGUUAUCUCAGCUAUUUCCAAAUAUGUGACUGCUAGUACAAACCAUAUCCUACACACUUGGAAUCAAGACUUGGCAAAUGCCUCCACCAAGAGUGAUUCUGAUUCUCAGGAAAUUAACAAAAUUCUCACUGAAGCUUUCAAUGAGCUCUCUGAAAUUUGGAAAAAUGUCCAUGCUGUUGUUGACAGCAAUGAUAAUGGCUUUGCAUUUGCAGUAGAUGAGGAAUUGCCUACGACCAAGAUUCUUGUUGAGCUGUUUAAUCGAUGUUUCCCAUAUUACAAGAAUUUUUCUUUACUUGAUCUGCAAUGCCCUUCUCAGAACAAAUGGUUGGUGCUGUCUUUGAGUUUGGUUCUCCUACUAUGCUCCUCAAAGGAGAGUUGCUUUUAUUUUAUUAGUAGUGGUGGGAUGGGGCAAAUCAUUAAUCUGCUAUGUUGGAAGACACCAAAAUCUGCAGCUACCACAUUGCUUCUCCUAGGUAUUGUCGAGCAUGCUACUCGGCAUGCUUUUGGAUGUGAAGCUUUCCUGGGAUGGUGGCCGCGAACUGAUCUCAACAGUAUACCUGGUGGCAGCAGCGAUGGCUACUGCUCUUUGUUGAAGCUUCUACUGGAAAAGGAAAGGCAUGAUAUCGCCUCUCUAGCUACAUAUGUUCUACAACGCUUGCGUUUUUAUGAGAUACUAUCUAAAUAUGAGUCUGCAGUGGUCAAAGUGAUUUCUGAUCUUCCGGCUGAUAAACUUUCCACAGAUGGAGUUCCAUUUCUUAUUUCUGCUAGUGUUGAACUUGCUGAAAUGUCGAAAUUGAUAAUUUUCUGUGGUCCUAUUGAAGAUCCCUCACUAGUGGCUUCUGCUAGAAGAAUAUUUAAGUCUGAACAUUUGGAGGGCUUACUUUCAUACAAAGCGACGAUUGAUCUUAUAACUUCUUCUAAGUACAGUUUUUUGCAGUAUGAUACUGAUCAAUACUUGUUACCUCUUAUCCAGGAAAGAAGCUUUUUCCCUGUGUCAGCAGCCUUAUUGUCAUCGCCUAUAUUGCAUUUAGCAAGUGGGCCUGCUGCUGAAAUUUUGAUGGGGAUAGCAUCAUCAAUUGAAUCUAUUAUCCUCUCCCUCCUGUUUUCUCGUUCAGGGUUAUCGUUCUUGCUCAGUCAACCUGAAGCGACUGAGCUUAUCGUUCUUUCUCUUCAAGAUGCGGAAAAUGUGAAUAAAGCAGAAUGCAUAACUCUUAGACAGGCUUUUAUUCUUUUGUCAAAAGGGUUCUUCUGCCGUCCACAAGAAGUUGGGAUAAUCACGGAAUUACAUCUUAAAGUGGGAAGUGCUGCAAAUAGGAUACUCUCAGUUCCUUCUAAUUCUGAUGAACUUUUGUGGGUUCUUUGGGAACUUUGUGCAAUUUCAAGGUCUGAUUCUGGUCGGCAAGCAUUACUAGCUCUUGGGUACUUUCCUGAGGCAAUAUCAGUUCUAUUGAGAUCUCUCUCUUCGUACAAGGAUCUUGAUUCAGUCAUGGCUAAGAAUGGAGGAUCGCCUUUGGGUCUCGCAAUCUUCCAUUCGGCUGCAGAAAUUAUUGAAGUUUUGGUUGCAGACUCAACUUCUUCAUCACUUAAGUCAUGGAUUGGAUUUGCUGUUGAUCUGCACAAGGCUCUGCAUUCAUCUUCUCCAGGUUCAAAUAGGAAAGAUGCACCAACAAGGUUGCUUGAAUGGAUAGAUGCUGGUGUUGUUUAUCAGAGAAAUGGUGCAUGUGGGCUUCUUCGUUAUUCUGCAAUUCUCGCAUCUGGUGGAGACGCUCAUCUUUCUUCUGGAAAUGUGCUUGUGUCAGACUCAAUGGAUGUCGAAAAUGUUGUUGCAGAUUCAAAUAGUAGCUCAGAUGGUCAGGUCAUUGAUAAUCUUCUUGGUAAACUUGUUGCGGACAAGUAUUUCGAUGGAGUGGCCCUGUGCAGCACUUCUGUUGUCCAAUUAACAACAGCUUUCCGCAUCUUGGCAUUUAUUUCGGAUGAUAAGGCCGUGGCAUCGUCCCUUUUUGAAGAAGGUGCCAUUACUGUUAUAUACAUAGUCCUGAUGAACUGCAAGUCUAUGCUUGAGCGCUUAUCAAAUAGUUAUGAUUACCUUGUUGAUGAAGGGGCUGAACUGAGUUCUACCACUGAAUUACUUCUAGAUCGAACUCAUGAGCAAGCUAUUGUUGACCUCAUGAUUCCCUCACUUGUCUUGUUGAUAAAUCUACUUCAUAUAUUACGUGAAACGAAAGAACAAUAUCGCAACAAAAAACUUCUUAAUUCUCUUCUCCAGUUACAUCGAGAAGUUAGCCCAAGACUAGCAGCAUGUGCUGCAGAUUUAUCCUUCAUGUCUCCUACUUUUGCCGUUGGUUUUGGUGUUGUUUGCCAUCUUAUUACGUCAGCACUUGCUUGCUGGCCUUUGUAUAAUUGGGCACCUGGUCUGUUUCAUUUCCUUCUUGAAAAUGUUGAGGCUACUAAUGCGUCCAUACCAUUAGGUCCAAAGGCUGCUUUUAGUCUGCUUUGUCUUCUGGGUGAUCUGUUCCCAGAUGAAGGCAUAUGGCUAUGGAAAGUUGAACUUCCUUCACUGAGUGCCAUUAGAUCUUUGAGUACUAGUACAGUUCUAGGGCCUCAGGUGGAAAAAGAGGUGAACUGGUACUUGCAUCCUGAACAUAUAGACAUAUUACUUGUGAGGCUGACGCCACAACUUGAUAGAUUUGCUCAUAUCAUUGAUAACUUUGCUACCUCGGCCUUGAUGGUGAUACAAGACAUGCUUCGUAUUUUCAUUGUUCGUGUUGCCUCAGAGAAGGUUGAGUGUGCAGUGGUUCUUCUUCGCCCGAUAUUUAUAUGGUUAGAUGAUAAAGUUAACGAAACUUCCCUGUCAGAGAGAGAGAUAUUAAAGGUGCAUCAGUUGCUUCAGUUUAUUGUGAAAUUAGCUGAGCAUCCCAAUGGGAAGGCAUUGCUUUGGAAGAUGGGAGUAGCAAAGAUUCUUAGAAAGUUGUUACAGAAUUGUAGCAGUAUAUGCUUUUCGGAUGAUAUGACUUUUGGAAGAGCGUCCUCCAGCUCCACGAAUGAUCUAAUGCUCAAAUGGAGGAUUCCUUUGUUUAAAUCUCUUGCAUAUAUCUUUAGUAUUGACCCAUUUAAUAAUGAGAAGGCUGUUGCUGAAGAGCCCCUGAGUGAGGAAUCUGUUCACGAGUGCUCUUCUAUCAUGCGUCACCUCUUGAUGUUCUGCCAGGUUUUACCUGUCGGACCGGAAAUGUUAGCAUGUUCCCUGGCAUUCAAGGAAUUGGCUUCUUCUUAUACCUUUAGAAGUGCAGUUACUUUGAUCUUCUCACAAAUCCAUACUUCCAACAAAGAUUUUAUUGAAAAAGAUGAGAAUGACGCUAAUCGUAACUCGUCAACUGUGGAUAAUUGGAGUUGCUUUUCCUCAUUGCUUAAGUGCUGGAAGAAACUCAUAAAAAACAUUGGUUCUGAUCGACCAACAGAUUAUUUGGUAGAAACAAUUUAUUCCUUGACACUUGGUGCUAUCGCCCUCAGCCAGUAUGGUGAAAAUCUUGAGGGUCUGUUAAUAUUGAGGUAUCUAUUUGGGAUCCCUUCUGAUCCUAGUGAUUCCUUGGAAUCAUCUGGUGAGAGUCUGAAUGAGAUUGCAUCAUUCUUGAAGACAUUUGAAGAGAAGAUAUGCCAGGGCCUUGAAAAUUCGAAGACUUCUGUUCGAAAGUCCUUUUUACCCCAGGUACUGAAUUCGAUCAAAUUACUAUGCUCAAUUCUUGAGAAUUCUGGGCUAUGCACAGAUUCAGUUCAGAUGGUUCUUGAAGAAGGCACAGACUCAUCGUCCAAAGUUGCUCGCUCUGUUGUGAUGACAGCUCAUCUAAUGCCAUCUCUAGUCGAUGUGCCAGUAAAUGAUGAAUCUCCUUUCCUCUUUUCCAAUGCUUGGAAGGUUCUUGUUGAUUCAGAAGAGCCUGUUGACUGCCAAGAGGGUGAAUUUGCAAAGAGACUGGUUUGGGAGUUGCCUGAUUCUUCUGAUAGACAGCUAAUGCCUGGCCAAUCUGCCAGGAGGAAAUUGGUCUUGGGAGAGAAUGGAAGUAGGCGUGCAAGGGACAAUCAAGUACCUGAACCAACUGGACAGUUCUCUCGAGGUUUAAAUACAACCAAUGCUUCUUCAGGGCAUACACGCAGAGAUACUUUCCGUCAGCGGAAACCAAACACAAGCAGACCACCAUCAAUGCAUGUAGAUGACUAUGUUGCAAGAGAGAGAAACAUAGACGGUGCAAGUAGCGCAUCAAAUAUUGUGAACUCUACUCCACGUGGAACACUUAGUGGAAGGCCUCCAUCCAUUCAUGUUGAUGAAUUUAUGGCAAGGCAGAGGGAACGUCAAAAUCCUGUGCCUGCCUCAACUGGAGAUGCACCUCAAGUAAAAAGUCAGACAAGUUUAGAUGACAAUCUCCGUGCUAAGCCAGACAACACACGUCAGCCCAAGGCUGAUCUUGAUGAUGAUCAGGAAAUUGAAAUCGUCUUUGAUGAGGAAUCUGGUUCAGAUGAUAAACUUCCUUUCCCUCAACCAGAUGAUAGUCUCCAAUCACCACCUGUCAUAAUUGGGGAAAAUUCUCCAGGUCCCAUUGUUGAGGAGACAGAAAAUCAGGAAAAUGGAAGAAUUCCCUUUUCUCAGAGGGCCACAUCACUCCAAAAGGAUGAUGAAAGUCCUGGUGUUGACCUUUCUUCUCAGACAGCAAUGCUUUCAGAAGCUAAUGAUCCUUCGGAACGAAAAUAUUCAGUUCCUAGCCCAGAUAAGAAUUCUUUCCGUGAUCAUGUUUCUCCUAUUAGUGUAUCGGGGAGAUCGUCUGCACAAGCAGCUCGGCAACAAUCAUCUCGCAGUAGAUAUGAGAAAAGAAGUCCACAGAAGUUUUCUGACACUUCUCUGUCAAGUGGAUCCCAUGGGCAUGAGCAUAGACAUUCCAAUAACCAUCCACCUCUGCCACCCAUGCCACCUCCAAUUUCAUCCAUGCCCUCACAAAAUUCCGAUUUAGUUAAUAGGCAGUCAUCUUCCUAUAGUUCUAGAGAUCGACCAACACCUAAUGCUUCUGGUUAUCCUACACAAUCGUUUGACACUAGUAUGCCUAGUGCUUUCACAGGCCAUCAGGGUCAAACUCAAUAUAUGCUUGCGGGUUCUGGUGGUUCACCAUUGAAUGAUUUACCCAAUGCAGACGCCAAGCUUUUAUGGAACACAUUUCCAGUAAAUAGGAUCCCUUUGGAGACCUUCAGCUCUGGUCUAUCUGCUCGACCGAUGCCACCUCAACCUUAUUCAGCUGUGGUUACUCAACAUGCUACGAUUAGCUCUAGCUCUCCAGCAACACUGUAUAACCAAAGCAGUGUUGUCCAGCCUUCACCAACUGCUCCUAUUAUAAGUGAUUCAAAUUUAGGCAUGAACUCUGCAUCUGGCAGCAUGCUUGCAUCAAAUAUGUUGCCUUCAUUUGCAUCACAAUUUCUGAUGGGUAGGCCUUCUAUGCCUACUUCAUUUUUCGGCACGCCUCUUCCACAAGUACAACUCUCAUCUGCUCUUCCACAAAAUAUUUCUAAUUCUCAGCCUUCUGUCUCCUCAGUACAACCACGGCCACCUCCACCCCCACCACCACCUCAGCAGCCACAUCCUUCUCAGACACUCCAACAACUUGGCGCUAUGCAACUGCCACAGCAAGAACAGCCUCUAUCAUAUCCACAGAGUGCUAUCUUGCCGCAAGUUCCAUUGCAGUUUCCUAACCAGCUACCCAUUCCUCAGCUACAAUUGUAUCACCAGAGCCAGCAGGAAUCUACGCAAGCUCUGAGGCAAGCUGGGGAACAAUCACAACUUCAGAACCAGAAUGUGCAAGGUGAUAGUUUCUCUCAACAGCAGCAAGACUCAGGGAUCAACUUAAACCAGUUCUUUUCAUCUCCAGAAGCCAUUCAGAGUCUACUUAGCGAUCGAGAGAAGCUCUGCCAACUUUUGGAGCAGAACCCAAAACUCAUGCAAAUGCUUCAGGAUCGCAUAGGCCAGUUGUAGCCACUGUGGGCAGCGCUGUUGUGAAGCUGACAUGUGACAUCUAAUGCUGGAUCUAUUGCUAAGGUGUUCUGUUUUUGGCUAGAGCUGUAGCUUAGUACCUAGAAGAUGAGUACUGCUGCCUUGCUAGGCACGGAAAUGUAUGCCCAUGUAGCCCAUGUACAUACAUUAUUCGUCUGUAAUCCUGUGUAAUAUGUGAAUAUUUGUAACUUCAGUGCAUGUCGUAAUUUGUCGUUUGAAACGUUGAUGCUGCUGAUUAGCUGCUGCUAGUUUUGACGUUC